AUGCUGGCUCUUGCUAUUGCUGGUCAAGUGCACGACCUCCAGCCAGAUAUUAGCGCUGAACUGCUGAAUGACAUCUCGAAGCUGUGCCAGAAGCUCGAAGCAGUUCAUUCCACGCUCAAGAAUAUCUUUAAACGCGACUCUCUUGCCUGGUUCGUAACCCAAUCUCAAGACCAAGUCAGACUACAGCGACUACAAAGAGACAUCAAGCACGCCAUUGACGUGUUUUCUUUCCAGUCAGCGGUUCGUCUACGAGAACGUCUCGUUGCUUCGGAGACUCUAAGUGCUGUACGACACGGUCGAAUUCUAGACGAAAUUCACGACGUUCGUCGUCUCGUCAUGAAUGAGAUCAAAACGAAACAGGCUAUGCUACCUCCAGUCAUGCUGUCUGGUCCAAACCUUCCUCGCGCGCCACUUCAUUUCUUUGGGCGUCAAGAUGUUAUUCAGAGCAUUGUGAAGAUGGUCCUUGACCCAAACUCUCCGGCUCGGGUAGCGAUUCUCGGCGCUGCAGGUAUCGGCAAGACGAGUGUCGCCUCGAUGGUGUUGUUGGAUUCACAAGUUGCUCAGCUCUUCGGCCACAGACGAUUCUUUGUGCCAUGCGAUGCAGCGAAGAAUAAGGACGACCUAUUGACGGCUAUCGCGAGCUGUUUGGGCUUGCAAGACACCAAGCUCCAGAAGAAGAUCCUGGAAGUGCUUGGGGACACUGAUCAUCGGUCUUUGAUUGUGCUGGACAAUUUCGAGUCGCCCUGGGAGAAUGCUGAGGCGGUUCGAAAGGAGGUAGAGAGCCUUUUGGUCUCUCUCUGUUCAUUAGCUACUCUGACAGUUAUAAUCACGGUGCGGGGUUCCGAACGACCAAUGGGGGUGAAAUGGUCGAGGCCGCCUAUUGCUCAACUCGGUCCACUUGAUCCUGAGUCGGCCCGUAGAGCAUUUCUAGCACUUUCAGACUGCGCCGAAGAUGAUCCAAGCAUAGACAACUUAAUUGCCGCCGUUGACUCUGUUCCACUUGCAAUUUCGCUCAUGGCAAACUUGGCCCAGACGGAUAGUCCAGAAACACUACUACUGCGCUGGCGCGAAGAACAGAGCUCGCUAUUGAACCGUGUAUCGGACCGAACCUCAAGUCUUGACGUAUCGAUACGAAUUUCUCUGAAUGGCCAUCGUAUGAAAGCCAAUCCUGAGGCCACCAUUCUUCUCGGUUUACUGUCCCUUCUGCCCGACGGCAUUGACAACACGCAACUUACCUUGAUCUUUCCGGGGAUCCCCAAUGCGCGACGCUCAUUAUCAGUCCUUUGGCAGACAUCCUUAGCUUACAAUGAUGGCCACAAUAGAACACGAGUUCUUGCGCCAAUUCGUGCUCAUAUGACAUUGUAUUCGGAAACUCAUCUUGCCCCCCACACCUCGAUGCUGGCAUACUACAUGGGACUAUCUGAACUCUCGUCAGACCUUGGAGGACGCCAUGGGCAAAUGAUAGCACAGCGACUGACCAAGGAAAUCGGAAAUAUGCUGACCGUCAUUAGUCUUGCGCUCGAGGCUACGGACGAACAACAAUUGCGAAGUGCUGCUGCUGCUGCCAUCAGCAUCUCCAGGCUGAUUCGUUACACGCACAUGGGCAGCUAUGAUAUACUCGAGACUGCUAGGACUGUCGCCCAGAAGCUCGAAGACAGAUUACUUGAGGCUGAUAUUCUCUAUCACUUCGCGUGGACAAUGUUCACCAUCGGCGGUCGAAUGGAUUACGAGGCUCUCUGCACUGAAGCUCUCACAAUAUACGAAAGCAUAGGUAACAUCCGUGGUCGUGCCGAGUGCACAUUUUUAUCUGCGCAGUUCAGAAAAAGUACCAAGCGUCAGAAAGAGUGCAAACCGUUAUACGAAGAUGCGCUCAAACUGGCCGUCGAAUCCCAGAGCAAAUACUGUGAAGCCAAGUGCUUGUCAUGUCUGGCAGAAAUUGCUUUCUAUUCGAGUGAUGGAGAGACUGCAGAGCGUCUCAGUCGGGAGGCUUUGGCGCUCUUUCGUGAAUUGGAUCACCUGACGAACAUCGGACUAACAGCGUAUUUGUUGGGUAGGAUUUUGGUUUUCCGAGACGAUCGCGCUGCCGACGAAUGGUUUGAUGAGGCCGAAGUUGUUCUCAAACAGGCUGGCGCGUAUAGACAGGCUGGGGUCGCUCUCAUUGGCAAGGGGGACAGUGCUCUUGCGCGUUGCGACUAUUUGGGGGCUCAAGAGAUUUACACCAGAGCAUUCAAUGCAUUUCAAGAAGCGGGAACAUUGCAAUCAAUAACUGGAGCCUUCGCGCUAUUGUCACUGGGGACUGCGGCGGCCUAUUUGCACCAACAAGCAGAGGCAAAAAAGUGGAUUCAACAGGCAAGGUCGAUGAUGGUGAGGAUUGGAUGGACGUCUGCCUACGGAAUACUUCAUUGUGACUUGAUUGAUGGAGACCUUGCAUUCCAAGAGGACAAAUUGGAGGAGGCGAGAUCAUUUUACCAACGAGCUCAAAUUGCGGCUGAGAGCUCGGGUUUUGCGGAGGAAGACGCCCAGGCUCUUGUGAAGUUAGCGGCAAUUGAUGUGGCCCAGCAUCGACUGGAGACUGGAUUGCAACAUCUGGUUGUUGCUGCAGCGAAACAACGACAGACCAAAGAUGUCAAGGGUUUGAGUUUGACUUUGGUGCGGCUAGGUCAAUUUUAUGUGGCGGGUGGGCAGAGAGACAUAGCAUUUGCAUUCUUGCGUGCUGCAUAUCCACUUUGCCAGAAAGUGAGGGCAUUGCGGAAUCUCGCAGAAUGUCUUAGAGGGUUGGGUGAGUUGUGUCAAGAUUCGGAUAUGAUUGAGCAAGCGAAAUGUUGGUUCUCUCUCACCCGCCUGACAGUCGGCGGCGGAGUGAGGAAUUCGAAAGGAAGCUUGGUCACAAAUGUGACGCUGACCUGGUCUCCCUCUCGAUUCCUCCCACCUGGGCCAGCUCAGGCCUCUGUAUUUCUCCCGCAUUGUACGACGCUCGACCUAAUUGUCUUUUUUGGCAACGUCCGCACAUUCAUAAUCCCUAAUCCUUCUUCUUCUAUAAUGUCCUUAACGCCCGACAACAACGCCACAUUUAGGGCCCCAGUGUCGGGCAAGACACCUCCACCAGCUCCUUCGGCUGCGUUUGCGAAAAGGGCUCGAGAAUUGCAGGCAGAGGAAAGGCUUACUGGUGCAAGAUACCGGCCACCCGCUCUUCGAGAAUUAGAAUCAAGGGCUGCCGUGUCCAAUGAGGCGCCUUCCCCAUCCGUGACAACUCCAGCAGAUAGCGCAACUCUUGCACCGACCAAUUAUCCGCCUGGUUUCAGACGGGCAAGGGCCGGAACUCUGCCGUCAAACGUACAACUCGCAGCUCAGCGUUUUGCCGCGGCUUCCAGCAGUCUCGCUACUCUUACCGGCUCUACCGAUUCCCUUCUUGACCGACCAACAGCGACCCCGACAUCAGCUAUUACCCCCUCCCGUCCAGGCUUGCGUCAUUCAACCUCUGUUGCAUCGUCUGUCGCAACUUCCGCCGCCCGAGAGCCAAACAGUCGUCUUCGCUCCGGCUCUCUCACGCUGCCCACUGGUGGGCUUUCCAAUGCUUUUGGUCCCUCUAUCUUUUCUUCAUCCUGGCUCUCAUCGUCGAAUGGCGGAGGUUUCUCUACCCUCGAAGAUCUUCGUUCAGUGACGUCUGCCGAUUCCACCGAUGACUUUGGAGACGUUCACACUCUCGACUAUCUUGGUUUGGAUGAUCACCGUCCCCCACCUGCUGCUACUAUAUCCGAGCUGCGUAACCAAGCUCAGGCAGCGAUUGCAGUUCAUCUCGCUGGAAACCCUUCACGGAUGCGAGCCACCACCGUCUCCAAUCCGUAUCGGAACCGGUCGUCUGCUGCUCCAGGUUCUCACUUGGCAACCCCUUCUGGUGAAGAAGAAGACGAAUACUUUGAUUAUGAUGACAGCAACUACGGCCGCCAACGUCUUGCAACCUACGACUCCUCCAACCAAGAGCCGGGUUAUGGAACUUCAUCCCUCAUCGCCCAAGCUUUCAGACCGUCGGAACAUUUAGCCCCGACCAGACCCCGAGCCAUCUCGGUUGGGAAUCUGGACGACCCUAUGCGUUCAUUGCAGCGUCGUCCGAAUGUGCUUGAAGCUCAUGGUUAUAUCAAUGAGCUUACUCAACAGAGCUCUGGCCUAACUGUGAACACUAGCAACUCGCCUGCCAGCAUUUUGAAGUCUACAAAACUUGCCACUCCGAGUGCGCCUUCCCCGACGGUUCAUUUCCCUAACGGAGAGCUCGCCACACGUGUGUCCAACUAUUUGACUGCUCCUGGCACCCAAAAUCGUUCUACAUCUCCAAAGGCUGAGGCACCAACGUCUCAAGUCCAGACACCAACCCGUUCUCUGUGGAUUGGAAAUCUUGAUGGAGUUGUCACCAGCGAGCAGCUAAUUCAUGUCUUUGCCCCCUAUGGUGCCAUUGAAAGUCUGCGGCUGUUACCCGAAAAGGAGUGCGGAUUUGUGAACUUUGUGGAUAUCGCAGACGCUAUCCGCGCUAAAGACGAUGUUCUCAACAGACUUGGCGGUAACAUCGGAAUGCCUAACGGGCAGACUGUACGAAUUGGUUUCGGCAAAGCGGACAGUGCACCAGUGGCUCCAGCAAAAGGCAAUCAGACUAGCCCUGCCCCCGCGUCUCCCGGUACUGCCAAGUCCAACAAUGCCAACUCCGGUCUAGGGGGUAUGGAGUUACAGUCCUCGCCUACGCGUGCCCUCUGGAUUGGAUCCAUCCCCUCCACAACGACCCCGGCCACCAUUCUCAGUGUCUUCAGUCCUUAUGGCCCUAUCGAAUCCGCCAGAGUUUUGACUCACAAGAACUGCGGUUUCAUCAACUUUGAGCGACUCGAUGACGCUGUUCGAGCUCGCAAGGCACUCAAUGGCCGUGAUGUUCUCGGAAGCGAUGUAGGCGCAAUCCGUAUUGGUUUUGCCAAAGUUCCAGUCAAGAACUUCAACGAAGGAGGUUCUGGAGCUGAAGACAGUCCAAGCGUUACAGUCCAGGGUGUCGGCGAUCUCAGUGUCGGGGCGACGAUUCACGCGCUCAGAACCGUCAAAGGGGCCUCCACGAUUCCCGCUGAUCAACAGGUGCUUGGAGGAGCUGUUGAAAACUAUCGCUCGAAUCUUCUCCUCAGCAUGAUCGCAGCUGGCAACCACACUACGACCCUUGUCAACGAUGGAGCUUCCAAACCUCCUGGUUGGACUGCUUCGGUCACUGAACAGCAGAUGGUGAUGCAACAGCUCAGUGCUGGUAGUUUGGAUGCCGAGGCUGACGUCCAGGCUUUAGCUGAAUUCCGUCCGCCGACAAUGUAUUAUACGACCAUUCCGUUGGUUUCCGAGAGACCUCACAACAGGCGUUGGGAUGCCUCCAAGUUGCGUGAGCUGCGCAAGCGACUUGACUCUGGUACUAUGACCGUGGAGGAGAUCGACCAAGUUGCGACCGAUUUCCUGGAGGGUGAAAUUGUUGAUCUAGCUUCUGAUUGGCUGGGAAAUACGGUCGUCCAAAAACUGUUUGAAAGAUGCUCUCAGAUUCCUCGAUUUGCUAUGCUAGAAAGGAUUGCCCCAAACCUCGCGAUGAUCGGCAUCCACAAAAACGGAACCUGGGCAGCGCAGAAAAUCAUCGAAUGUGUUCAAAACCCGGAGGAAGUCGCUCUCGUUGCUCAAAAUCUGCGUGCUUACACACCACCACUCCUUCUUGACCAGUUUGGCAAUUAUGUAGUCCAGUGCUGUCUGCGGUUUGGUUCGCCAGCGAACGACUUCAUUUUUGAUGCAAUUGUGGACCGAAUGUGGGAAGUUGCUCAAGGACGAUUUGGAGCACGUAGUAUGAGGGCUUGCCUCGAGAGUCCUCACAUUACCAUGAGUCAGCAACGUCGAGUUGCGACUGCCAUCAUACUGAACUCAAUUCCACUUGCAACGAAUCCCAAUGGCGCCCUCCUACUUACUUGGCUGCUCGACACAUCGGGUUUCCCUUCGCGAUACAAUCUCCUAGCGCCUCGGUUUACUCCGCAUCUCUCUCACCUUUGCACCCACAAGUUGGCUUCCCUCACUGUUCUGAGGAUCGUCAACCAGAAGAUAGAGCCUUCAGCUUCGACUGAACUUGUUGAAGCCCUGUUCUCUUCCCCUGGCGAUCACGUUUUAGCCGAUGUUUUGGGAGAUCAAGUCAACGGUGUCGCCGUUGUUCACAAAAUCCUCACCAGCCCCUUCAUCGACCCGGUGAUGAAGAACAAAUACGUCGAGGCGACGAAACGCGUGCUGAUAGAAUUGAAGGUCAUCGCCACCCAAGCAUAUCGCCGGUUGAUCGAAGAAGUUGGGUUGCCAGUUCCAAAUUUCCAGCCAACAUAUUCCAACAUUCCAGGGGGCGGAAAGGCAAAGACAUCGUCUGGAAAUGGUUUCGGGGUUCCGGGUUUACCAUCAGGUUAUCCUUCCAAUGACCAAGGACUCGCUUCCAUGAUGGCGGCUCUCCAAAUGGGUGGCCAAAACUCACAAGCUGGCCCGGCCCAGCUGCAAAUUGACCCGACCUACGGAAGUCCGACUACCGCUCGUCGCACGCCAACUUCUGGGCCCUCUUUUUCUCCCAGUGUUGAUCCAUAUAGCCCAUUUGGUAUGCGACCUGGUGAAGCAAAUAACGGCUCUCGUCGUGGAGGACCAUUAGCACCAAAUGGAGCGAUUUCUAGUCCGGUUCAAUAUGCAGCUCCCUCACCCCCAGCAGCCAUGAUGAACAUGACUCAACCAACCUAUCCUGGCAUGGCACCUCCUCCUCCCCCUCAUGUCUAUCAGACCUACAUGUACCAAGCCUACCAGCAACCUCAAAACAUGGGAGCAUACCAUUCCUAA